GAUGGCGGCGGAGGCGGUGGUGCGGAUCCAGAGCGACUGGGAGCAGGUGUUGAGGAAGAACGAGGGGGAGGCCUGGCUGAGCUGCAGGAGCCCAGGAAAAUCUACUUUGUAUGGGACCCUGACUCGUCAGGGGGUUGGCUCAGAUGGAGUUCCUGAAAUCGUGGCCUCCGAAGGGUUUGUUGUAAAAGAAAUAACGAAGAAAAGUCUGCUUGUUUCUUGCCCUCGUGAAAACGCCUCCACCAGAUUUCUGGCCCCCUACACCGCCUUUUGUAGACUCCAUCAAAAAAGUGUCACCUGUCUUGACAUUUCCAGUGGUGGUGGGCUUGGGGUGUCAACCAGCGCUGACGGGACUAUGAAAAUCUGGCAGGCUGCUAAUGGCGAAAUCCGUAGACGUUUGGAAGGCCACGUGUAUGACGUGAACUGCUGCAGGUUUUUCCCAUCAGGCAUCGUGGUCCUGAGCGGGGGAAUGGAUGCCCAGCUGAAGAUCUGGUCGGCGGAAAAUGCCGGUUGUGUCGCAACCUUUCAAGGUCACAAAGCAGGAAUCCUGGACACGGCCAUCGUAGAUCGAGGAAGGAAUGUGGUCUCCAGUAGCCGGGACGGCACUGCCCGCCUCUGGGAUUGUGGGAGAUCUGUUUGCCUGGGCAUAGUGGCAGACUGCGGCUCCCCCAUCAACGGAAUCGCCCUGGGAGAGGCAGACAACACCUUAAAUUUGGGAUCUCCUGAAACAAUACCUAGCGAUCGUGAAGUCGGAACGGAGGGGAAGCUGCUGCUGCUGGCUCGGGAAGACAAGAAGUUCCAGGGGGUGGGGCUGCAGAGCCGGCAGCCGCUUUUCCUCUUCGUUGGCUCCGAUGCAUUCAAUUGCUGUACAUUCCUCUCUAGCAUCUACCUCCUGGCAGGAGCGCAGGACGGGAACAUAUACCAGCUGGACGUAAGAAAUACCAAGGCUCCAGUUCGGAUCAUCCGAAGAUCUGGUGCGCCGGUCCUUUCCCUGCUCCCGUACAAAGACGGAUUUAUUGCCAGCCAAGGUGAUGGAACCUGUUUUAUUAUACAGCAAGAUCUUGACCACAUCGUUGAGCUUACAGGAGCAGACUGUGACCCCGUGUACAAGGUGGCUACCUGGGAGAAGCAGAUAUACACGUGUUGCAGAGAUGGGUUGGUGAGGAGAUACCAUCUUUCAGACCUCUGACGGGAUCGGAGCCGCAAGCCCUGGA